ACAGAGUGGUGUUGACAUCAAUGCUAAUGACGUCAUCAUCGCCCUCCACAUUCCAAGAACAGGAAUGACGUCAUUGUCCAACCUGCUUACACAGGAAGCUGUUCUGGAAACACCCUGCUCGUGCCGCGAUCAAAUGACCAAGUGCAAAUGUUUGAACAAGUAAGUCAUCAUCAGACAAUCACGUUUGAGAUUAUUGAUUAAGGCAUUUGAUGAAAUUAUAUUUAAGUUGAAACAAAAAAUUCAACCGUUGAUAUAUUAAGUCAAUUUCUAUACUAAUAUCUUUCUUUGAAAUCCGGGGCGUGACGUAACUUACAUACCAAUAUUUAAAUGGAUUAUGGCUUGUGAUUAACUUGAAGGUGUAUAUAAUUUAGACCUUUGAAAAUGUUGCAAAUGCAUUUAUUACAGAAAACUUCUCCAUACUGGGGAAUCCAUGUGUAUAUUUGUAUAUGUAUGAGUCCCUCUCUAUGCAGUCAUGGGAUUUUGUUUGUCGUAAAUGUGGAAAUGUCGGUAAUUAUGAAGGAUGUUGUGAAUUUUUUUUUUUUUGUGGCUAUAUGUGUUCCUGAGAUUGUGCAGAGUGAAAGGAACGUGUUUUGGUCCAUAGGAAAUGCCUGGAAACGGAGAUCCGGGUGGUCCAAGUAAAGUGUUUGGGAUGUGAAAAGGUUCAAUGGGAUUGUUCGUUCUGUUUGUGAUCUGUCAGGACUUCACAGAGACACAACUUACACAUCGUUGGUCUUAAGAUCGGCGCACUACGGUGCCACCCUGCGCGGGGACGUAUACCGCUACCAAAACACGCAUUCAGACAUGUGUCUGCUCUUACAAAAGGGAUAUGGCCCUGGACGUCGAUCUUCCCUGGCUGCUCUCAAAAGGUUCUUAUGUUGCUAACUUGGCGCCUCGUGAGAGUAAACACCGCCGAAAUCGGAGCCUCUGCUAGUGUUGUUGUAUGUGUUGGACGCCUAUUUUUGUAUGUCUUGGACGCAUAUUUUUUUAUAUGUUGGACGCAUAUUUUUGUAUGUGUCGGACGCAUAUUUUUGUAUAUGUUGCACGCACACUUUUGUUUGUGUUGGACGCAUAUUUUUGUAUGUGUUGGACGCAUAUUUUUGUAUGUGUUGGACGCAUAUUUUUGUAUGUGUUGGACGCAUAUUUUUGUAUAUUUUGGACGCAUAUUUUUGUAUAUUUUGGACGAUUGCGGUAUGUAAAUGUAAAUGUACUAUUGAUGUGAACCUUAUGGUAGAUAUGUGAUUAUUGCUGUGUACUGAAUGAACUAAAUGUCUCCUGCAACCCAGUUAAUGUUCACCACAAAAUGAUACCAUCCUCCUUUGUCCAGGCACGGCCAGCCUUGGCUCUUUCAUUCAUUCAACACAACGGGCUAUGUCUGUGGAGAGUUUGCUGACUUCACGACCCUCAACAACUGCCCCAUAGACCGCUGGUUUAAGACAAGCGGCCGAGACCCGCGGCCUUUCAGAAGGUAAGACACGGGGCUGUCUUGUUGGCUUCUCAGUGACUAUUCAGAAUCUAAAUAUAUCACAUUUUUCAAUUUAAAAAGUGUAAGUACCAGGUGAUCGGUGAUUUUUUAAAAAAAUUUCUUUAAUAUUAUUGCAUUUUAUUUUUUUAUUUUAUUUUUUUUUUUGGGGGGGGGGCGGUGGGCGGGGAAUCUCAGUGAUAUUUAAAAUAAAAUAAUCUCACUAGAUGUUUUUAGCCAUAAAAAGAUGAUGUUAUUACCAGAUAACUUUCCACUUAACCCAGACCCCCAAACCAUCAUCCCAACAGACAUCACAUUCCCUUCCUUAAUGCAUCGACUAAGUACAUAAUUUUCUUCAGAUGUGUGUCUAUUUUCUCCCCUGUCUUGCUGCCUAGAUCAGCCUCCGAUCUGACUCUGUAUAAACCAACUUAAUAUCUGGGCCUAUAUUUUCUUUCUAAGCCACAUUAUAGUAAACCAGCAUAAAUAACCUUAAACCACCUUAAAACACCUGAACCAACUUAAACUACCUUAAAACACCAUAAAUCGGCAUAAACCACAUUAAACCACCUUUAACCCUCUUAAACCAUCUUUAACCACCAUAAAUAGCCUCAGGCACCUUAAACAAUCUUAAAAUACCCUGAACCACCAUACACCACCGUAAACCAUCUCAACCAACUCCAACCACCUUAAAACACCAUAAACCACCAUAAACCACCUUAAACCACCAUCAACCAUUUUAAACCACCAUAAACCACCAUAAACCAUCUUAAACGCCAUAAACCACCUUAAACCACCAUCAACCAUUUUAAACCACCAAAAACCACCAUCAAUUACCUUAAACCACCUUAAACCACCAACAAACCACCAUAAACCACCAUAAACCACCUUAAAACACAUUAAACAAACAAAAAACCACCAUAAACCACCUUAAACCACCAUAAACCAACAUCAACCACGAUAAAUCACCUCAAAGUACCAUAAACCACCUUAACCCACCAUAAACAACAAACCACCUUAAACCACCAUUAACCACUAUAAACCAGCUUAAACUACCAUAAACCACCUUAAGUCACCAUAAACCACCUUAAAUCACCAUAAACCACCAUAACCACAUUAAACCACCCUUAACCAUUAUAAACCACCUUAAACCACCAUUAACCACUAUAAACCAGCUUAAACUACCAUAAACACCUUAAAUCACCAUAAACCACCAUAACAACAUUAAACCACCAUUAACCAUUAUAAACCACCAUAAACCACCAUAAAGCAGCAUAAAACUACCAUAAACCCCUAUAAACCACCUUAAAAUCGCACAUUGGCUAUAUUAUAUAGCCUAACUGUUACCUUCCUUUACAGAUACUUCCUUGUCACAAUGUUACGGGAGCCCAUGGCCCGCUACCUGAGUGAGUGGCUCCACACAAGAGAUGAGGACACAUUCUUUAAGAACGAGCCACGGCUGUACAGGAACAUCAGCUUGGAGUUACAGAAGAAAGGACUGGCUUGUUACUUGGGGAUCAAACUCUCAAAUCUGCCAUUGUUGGACUUCAUCCGUUGCAAGUACGCAAAGUUCUCAUAAUAGCGUUGUGCUGUUUGUUUUGUCUCAGUCAUUUUAUUAAAAUUGAGACCAGUCCAUAAACAUGUGGAACACAACAAAAAACUAUUUCCUUUUUUAAAAAUCUAUUUUAUUAACGGAAUCGUCUUUUAUCCAAAGGGAUCGUGCACAUAUUACAUAACGUAAAUGGGGUAGACGGUGGUCUAUCAUUUUGUUAUAUUGUGUUAAAUAAUAUGGGGUUGGGGUGGUAGAAAACAAUGUUAUGAAACCAUUUCUUUUAUUUGUUGUUUUGUUUUUUCUAACUAUAAUUUUUGUUAAAAAAAUGUUGCUUUGACGAAAUUAGCUUAGAUAAUUUUUAACAAAUAAAACGUACUUGCUUACAAAAAUUAGCUAACUUUUUAAGAACAUUUUUUUUUUAAAUUUUUUUUUUUUUUUUUUUUAAAUUUUUUUUUCUUUUUUUUGUAAAAAGUGGGGGGGGGGGGGGGGUUUUUUUUUUUUUNUUAAAAAAGGGGGGGUGGGGGGGGGGUAUUUUAUUUGUUUAUAUUGACGUUGGGAAUGGUUGCUAGAUAUGAUAUAAUAUGGUGGGAUAUCAAUGGAAAUGUUAUAUAACAUUAUAUGAGUGGGCAUGGGCGCCCGCAAAAAACUUUCUAGGGUAGGGGGGGCAAAAAAUCGAUUAACUUUCCAGGGGGGGGGGAUUUUUUUAGUAAUGUUUUAAUAUAGUUUUAAUUUACUGUAGCGUAUUUGUAUGGUGAACGAACGGAAAGGACAUCAGCUAAGUUACUUUCUCUUUAUUUUCUCUUUACUUUAAUACAUUUUUGUCUAUUUUUGUCUAAUAAUUUUUUAUCCAAUCAAUCCAAGGGGGGCGGGGGGCAAGUGCCCCCCUUGCCCCUACCUGCGGGCGCCCAUGUGAGUGGGUAACAAAAUGUCAAUUGCUGGUUUUGGACAAUGUCUGCUCGGCCCAAAAGAAUGAAUACAUUUUUUCCAGAGCUGGAAGAUCCAGUGUGUAUUGUUUCUAUUCAUCUGAAUUGUUCCACAGAGAAAACUCGGCGAACAAUCGUCAGACCCGGAUGUUGGCCAAUCUGGCAGAGGUCAACGCCCUGAGGCUCAGAGGCCAGGCGUAUGAUGAAGCUCUGCUGAAAAGUGCCAAACAAACGCUGCUCAGACUUCCGUUCUACGGCAUCCUCGACAGACUGGACGAUACCAUGGUUUUGUUGGGUGAGUACAGACUGGACGAUACCGUGGUGUUGUUGGGUGAGUACAGACUUGACGAUACCAUGGUUUUGUUGGGUGAGCAUCGAAUAACCUCUUUGGCGUCAUGGCUGGUAUCGUUGUGUCAAGGGAUGGCACUCAAUACGUAAAACCAUGAUAUGUAAACUUGAAAUGUAAACAUAGAAUAAUCUCAACUUUGAACUCACGAAGCUAGACGCAAUUCUGAUUGAACGAAAACUAGGAAAUAACCUGUCGGACAUGCUCUACAAGAACAUACAAUAACAUAUAUUCAUCUGAGAAAGCGAGGUUAGGGAAAGAGAGAGAGAGAGAGAGAGAGAGAGAGAGAGAGAGAGAGAGAGAGAGAGAGAGAGAGAGAACAAAUUACUGUAUAUAUAUAAAUACAAUAUAAAUAAUUAAACUUAUUUUUGACCGAAAGAUUUAAUGAUAUAUUCUUAUGGUUGAUUUUAUUUUUUAGAAAUACUUUAAAUGCCUGAAAUUUAAAAAAAAAAAAAAAAACUAGUUUAAAAAUUGUUAUCGUAAUACGAAUAUUUAUCCAUAUGCUAAAACUGAAUGUGUAAAAUGUAAUCAGAACACAUUUACAUUUAGCUUGAUCAUCAAAAAUAAUCUUAUCUCCUAUUCAAACAGAAGCUGAGCUAGGAUUUCAUUUCCGACAACCAUUACAUCGUCAGCACACAGCGAGUGAGACGCUGUUACCUCUAGAGCCGGGGAUGCUCCAACUAGUUCAGCAAGCCAACCAUCUGGAUUUAAAACUGUUUCAGUUUGCCACUAAAUUAUUCGAUGAUAAGUUGUCCAAAAAAAUCGGUGGUCAUUUUCAACAGAAAGAUAACUUAAUAACUGAUAAUACUCAAGUCGAAAACAAUGGCGUUGGCUUGGAUGAAAACGUAAUUCGUAGAAAGGACGUUUCUGAAACUUCAGAAAAUAUAAAAUUCGGACGCAGGAAGCGAAACGAAGACAACGGUGAAACGUUGAAUGAACAUGGGUCGAAGAUUGGUGAUGUACAGGAGCAUGGCAAGUCAUCACAUCGGCAGCCGGCCGACGAAGCUGCAUUGGAUAACUACCACAGAAUAGAUGCAGAUGUCGUCAGUGACUUUCUGGGCACGCUUGAGCAGUUGAAGAAGGAGCGGCAGGCCUCGGCGGAUGGCCACCGGGAUGGCCAAAGCAUGGCCGCCGGCAGCUAUGGACGGUCACGCGACAAGGCGCUGCACUUCAAUCCAGAAAAGGGUCAGCCUGACCAUGACACGCUCAACGGUGUCAUCAACACGAGGGUCAGGGGGCGUACCAGGCACGAGAAAGAUGUAGAUCGAAUGUUUAUGUAAUCAUCUUAUGCCAAAACAGUUGUGGUUUUCUGUAUUGUCAAUGUAGGCAUAUGUUAAAGUCUUAUAUUAUCAUAUGUGUAAUACUCGUAUGCCCUGGUACAUGUGUAUGUGGCACUAGAAUAUCAAGUAAUAUGUCAGCGUUUUAUGUCGGUGUCUGUGUGAUACUAGAAUGUCAAUUUAUACACGUAUCUUAUGCCAGUGUAUAUGUGAUACUAGAAUGUCAAUUUAUAUGUCAUGGUCGUAUGCCGGUGUAUGUGUGAUACUAGAAUAUAAAUUUAAAUAUCAUGCUCAUUUGCUACUAGAAUAUCAAUUUAUAUGUCAUGCUCGUAUGCCGGUGUAUGCGUGAACCUAUAAUGUCAAUUUAUAUGCUCAUAUGUAAUCUCCGUGUAUAUCUUAUACAUGUGUAAAUAUUUAGUCCUUAAAAUAACA